AUGUCUGGUAUGUAUGGUCAAGAUGGCGAUUCUGGUCCUUCAUCUUACGGCGGUGGAGGUGGAAGUGGAUACGGUGCAGGAGGAUAUGGAGGCGGCGCCGCUGGUGGAUAUGGAGGGUAUGGAGGCGAUGGUGGCUAUGGUGGAGGUGGCGGGGGCCGCGGUGGAUAUGGUGGCCGAGGUGGCGGCGGCGGUAGAGGUGGAGGAUAUGGUGGAGGUGGAUAUCAAGGAGGAGAUCGUGGUGGAAGAGGAGGCGGCGGCGGCGGCAGAGGUGGUGGCCGAGGUGGAAGCGGCAGGGACGGUGAUUGGCCUUGCCCUGAUCCAACCUGUGGGAAUGUGAACUUUGCAAGAAGAUCUGAGUGUAAUAAAUGCGGUGCUCCUUCUCCUGCUGCUGGCCAAAAUGAUCGCAGUGGUGGUUAUAAUAGAGGAGGAAGUGGUGGAGGAUAUGGUAGCAAUCGAGGGGGAGAGGUGGUGGUAGUUAUGAUGGUAAUAGAAGUAGCAAUUACAAUGACGGAAGCCGAGGAGGUGGCAAUAGAGGUGGAUCUUAUGGUGGCAAUCAAGGAAGAGAUGAUAGCACCGCCACCGUCUCUUCCUUCUCAUGGUGGUGGUGGAGGUACUUACGCACCACCUCCUAACUCAUAUGGUGCCAAUGCUAACUAUGGAAUGGAAGCAGUUCCUCCCCCAACAAGCUAUACUGGUGGACCCACAUCAUACCCUCCAUCUUAUGGUGGCCCUGCUAGUGGUUAUGGUGGUGAUGCUAUGGGUGAGGUAAGGAGUGGUGGAAGAGGCAGUCAACCUGGCAGUUAUGAAGGUGGGUAUGGUGGUGGCGGUGGUUCUCGAUAUCAGGGAGGCACUGGUUACGGGGCUGCUCCUGCUGAUGCCCCGGCUAAAAUUAAGCAGUGUGAUGAUAAUUGUGAUGAUACUUGUGACAACUCAAGAAUAUAUAUAUCUAAUUUGCCACCUGAUGUGACCAUUGAAGAACUGAGAGAACUUUUUGGAGGCAUUGGACAAGUAAUUCCCGAUCUUUUCUUUCGCUUUAUAUUCAUGAAUUUUGAAUUUGGGGAUGGGGAUGGGGCUGAAGAUGCAUGUUGUUUGGCAGAAAUUGUUGAUUUUGUUGGAAGGAUUAAGCAAAAGCGGGGCUAUAAAGAUCAAUGGCCCUGGAAUAUAAAGAUAUACACAGAUGAGAAGGGAAACAACAAAGGCGAUGCAUGUUUGGCUUACGAAGACCCAUCUGCUGCUCACUCUGCUGGCGAUUAUGACAUGAGGGGCUAUAAAAUCAAUGUUGCAAUGGCAGAGAAGUCAGCCCCGAGGCAACCUGCAUAUGACCAUGGUAGUGGUUUGAGGCCACCUUUUUUACUGAUUCAUUGUGCAACAGUGGUGGUAGAGGUGGCUAUGGUGGUGGAGAUCGACGCAGAGAUAAUUACCGAGAUAGUGGAAAUUCUGGCCCAGACAGGCAUCAUCAUGGUGGAAACCGAUCACGCCCCUACUGAGAGUUUAUGGUUGUUGCGUCCUUCUGGAAACUGUUCUUCCAUCUCUAGUGUCUUGGCUUCCAAGUUGUUAACCUGCAGUAGCAUGGAAGCUGCUCAAAUUCUGCAGAGAAACUCCUUGUGUUUGGAGUGGUGUGCUGGUGGCCUCUUAUUGCGACAAUUGUCAUGUUUCUCGGAGACAAUUGACUGCUUUAUUGUUCCCAUGCGACCUACAAUCCGUGAUAUCUUUGCUGUUCCUGACAUUUCGGGGUUUUAUGAAUUUAAGGUUUAG